CCGACCACUCACUGCAAGGGUACGUUUCUCCGCACCAUGCUGUCGACUUUCCACUAUGGCUUGUUAGAUUUUACACUUGUUGCACGAAGGUAGGAAACUGCCGGGUGUUAAUUCUGCAGUACAGAACCCUUCCAAUCCGGCAGUCUGCGAGCGCGCUCUCUGCCGCUAUGUACAGAUGACUGCUGCGGUCGCUGGUCUGCUCAAUCCACUUUGAAGCACCGGCGUUUGUGCCGCUUCUGCACUCUGACGUCAAGGAUGUUUUACGCUCGCUUCUUUCUCGGGGUUCGUGCUAGGAAGUGAUUGUUUUCAGCUCCGACGGAGUCAGCAGUCACCUCUCGUUAAGCCGGUCGCCGCGGAGCCUAUGAUCUCCCCUGCCAUGGUUUCUGCUCACACAUCGUCCCAGUCUUCGGCAUCAGCAGAAUGGAUUGCGUGCCUGGAUAAAAGGCCUGCUGAGCGCUCCAGUGAAGAUAUUGACAUUAUAUUUACCCGGCUAAAAGAAGUGAAGGCAUUUGAGAAAUUCCACCCCAACCUCCUGUACCAGAUCUGCUUGUGUGGGUAUUAUGAAAACCUGGAGAAAGGUGUAACAUUGUUCCGUCAAGGAGAUAUAGGAACAUGCUGGUAUGCUGUAUUGACUGGAUCACUGGACGUUAAAGUUUCAGAAACGGCCAACCUUCAGGAUUCGGUCGUACUCUGUACCCUGGGAAUUGGAACUGCUUUUGGAGAAUCGAUUCUCGACAACACACCUCGACAUGCAACGAUUGUCACCAAGGAGUACAGUGAGCUCCUUCGUAUUGAACAGAAAGAUUUUAAAGCACUAUGGGAGAAAUAUCGACACUAUAUGGCAGGACUCUUGGUCCCUCCCUAUGGAAUUAUGGAAACAACACCUGGUAAUGACAGGGUUCCUGAGAAGGAUGGCAUAAGCAGCAACCUGUUGCAUUCUAUUUCAAGGAAUAAGGUUCCAUCUCAAAACAUACUUCGAGCUGGAAAGAUUUUACGAAAUGCAAUACUGGCUCAAGCUCCUCACAUGAUAAGAGAUCGGAAAUACCACCUGAAAACGUACAAACAAUGCUGUGUUGGCACAGAGUUAGUGGACUGGAUGAUUCAGCAGACAGCAUGUGUCCAUUCUCGUGCACAGGCUGUGGGCAUGUGGCAAGUUCUUCUUGAGGAAGGAGUCCUAAACCAUGCGGAUCAGGAGCACAAUUUCCAGGACAAGUACCUGUUCUAUCGUUUCCUGGACGAUGAAAAGGAGGAUGCCCGUGCACCCACGGAUGAAGAGAAGAAAGAAUGUGAGGAGGAGCUGCAGGAAACAAUGCUUCUGCUUUCACAGAUUGGACCGGAUGCCCACAUGAGAAUGAUUUUAAGAAAACCGCCAAACCAGAGGACCGUUGAUGAUCUAGAAAUCAUAUAUGAAGAGUUGUUGCAUAUCAAAGCCUUAUUACAAUUUUCUACCGCAGUGAAACGAGAACUUGCAGGUGUUUUGGUAUUUGAAUCUCAUGCAAAAGCAGGGACAGUUUUGUUCAAUCAAGGAGAAGAGGGCACUUCAUGGUACAUUAUCCUCAGGGGCUCAGUGAAUGUUGUUAUCUAUGGCAAGGGAGUAGUCUGCACAUUACAGGAAGGAGAUGAUUUUGGAAAAUUGGCUCUGGUGAAUGAUGCGCCAAGAGCAGCUUCCAUAGUACUUCGUGAAGAUAAUUGUCACUUUCUAAGGGUGGAUAAAGAAGAUUUCAACAGAAUUCUUCGAGAUGUUGAAGCCAAUACAGUCAGACUUAAAGAACAUGGAAAAGAUGUACUGGUUUUGGAGAAGAUCCCAAUGGGUAGCAGAACGUCCAGCCAGGGAAGCACACAGGCACAACACAAAUACACUGUGAAGUCAGGCACUCCUGAAAAAAUAUUAGAACACUUUCUGGAAACUAUACGCCUGGAUUUGCCUGCUAAUGAAUCAACAGGUGUUCCUACACCGUGGUCUCUGGCUGACAAGAAAGGCGAGGUUAUUUUAGCAGAUCCAUUCGUUGACGACUUUGUUCUGAUGUACUGCACUUUCAUGCAACACAGCCAGCUUUUCUCAGCUCUAAUGGCUCAUUACCAUGCAGAAGCAUCGCAAGGCACCGAACAGGAAAAAAUGGACUAUGCUCUCAAUAACAAGAAACGUGUCAUCCGCCUUGUCUUGCAUUGGGCAAAUGUAUAUGCAGAUCUCUUGCAAGAGGAAGAAGCUGCUGUAGCAUUUCUUGAAGAAUUCUAUGUCUCUGUGUCUGAUGAUUCAAGGAUGAUUCCUGCUUUGAAGGAACAGCUCCUAGAACUGGAGAAACUAGUAAAGCAAAACUCUGAAGAAGGAAAUGGCAAGACGUCACAGAAAAAGCACAAAGUUAUUUUACGACAGUUUAGUUUUGGUGAGGAUAGACUUCAAAAGAGACAGCCCAUAAGAAGUACGAAUGAAAUUCUCUUUAAGGUUUACUGCCUUGAUCAUACUUACAUCACAAUCCGAGUCCACGUAGCAGCUUCUGUAAGAGACGUCAUCAGUGCAGUUAUAGACAAACUCGGAUCAGUGGAAGACCCCAUCCUUGUGAAAUUGAGCUCAGCUGGAGAAAAAAUGGUAUUGAAUCCAAACGAUGUUUCAGUUUUCACAACGACCAAUGUAAAUGGACGCUUGUUUGUUUGUCCGAGGGAACAAUUUGACUCUCUGAUGCCAUUGCCGGAUCAGGAAGGUCCAUCUAUGGGAACAAUGGCAACCUUUGAGUUGAUGAGUUCUAAAGACUUAGCCUACCAGAUGACAAUUUAUGACUGGGAGUUAUUCAAUUGUGUACAUGAGUUGGAACUAAUUUAUCACAUAUUUGGAAGGCAUAAUUUCAAGAAAACAACAGCCAAUCUAGAUCUGUUUCUGCGACGAUUCAAUGAGAUUCAAUUCUGGGUUGCAACAGAAAUCUGCCUAUGUUCUCAGCUCAGCAAACGGGUUCAGCUGUUGAAGAAGUUUAUCAAGAUUGCAGCCCAUUGCAAAGAAUAUAGAAAUAUGAACUCAUUUUUUGCUCUAAUAAUGGGAUUGGGUAAUGUAGCCGUUAGCCGCCUCACACAGACCUGGGAGAAACUUCCAAGUAAAUUCAAGAAAAUCUAUGCGGAAUUUGAAAACUUGAUGGAUCCUUCCAGGAACCAUCGGGCAUACAGACUUACGGUAGCUAAACUGGAGCCACCAAUCAUUCCCUUUAUGCCUUUACUUAUAAAAGACAUGACAUUUACCCAUGAAGGCAAUGAAACAUUAAGUGGCGACCUUGUCAAUUUCGAAAAAAUGCAUAUGAUUGGCAAUACAGUAAGGUCAGCCCGACACUGUCGAAGUCAGCCUUUCAAUCCAGAUGCAUCACUUGCAAACAAGAACCAUCAGGACGUGCGUGCAUAUGUACGACAGCUAAAUGUAAUAGACAAUCAGAGGACAUUAUCACAAUUAUCACACAGACUGGAGCCACGCCGGUCCUAAUAAGUUACCUUCCGUAAUUGCACUGCCAUAAAAGAAAAUAUUUAUACUUGAGCAAAUGGGCAUUCUGUUGUUUAUGGUAUAAAGAAUAAUUAAUAUUGAAACCAGGUGUAUUAUAACGACCUCCUCUCCAGAGGAAAGAAGGCCAUUCCGAAUUGAACUCUGCUGUUUCAGUUACUGUCACUGCCUCUUCUAUAACUGAAAUUUAUAACAUUUUACCAAAUGAAAAUCCUUAUUAACAAUUGAUGAUUGGCAAAAGGAUUAAGGUAUUUUUUCCCCCAGGUUCUUAUGCUGCAUCAGGUUUUAUGCCAAGAAAUAACCUACAGAUGUACCUAAGCACAGUGAUAAGAUGAUCCACUAAUAUUUGUUGAGAGCACAAAAAUUUGAUAUUUCUGCUGAUUGUUGCUUUUAAAAUGUCUUUCUAAAUUGUUCAUUUUGAAGUUAAACUUGGAAAAUAGCACAAAUUGCACAUCGUGAAUUGAUGAGGUAUGCCACCAUUUUAGGUAACUUUUCUGAAUUUCUCUAACGUCAAUUAGACUUAAUUAAUUCAACAACAAUUUUCACUAAACCAAAGCAUAUUCUGUUUGCUCAUAAGGCACUUCAUUCAAGAUGUUAGUUUGUCCUUGUAGCUCUCAACAGCAUGUUGCAGGAGCCUGCUGUUCUUGUCAGUAGCACACUAAUUAAGCAAAACACAGCUAAAUAAUUUUGAGCACCCCACUGGCAUCAGAAUUUUAUUCUACUUAAUCUUUUGUAUAUUGUACUUCUUAAACCAUAUAUGAAUUUCAUAUAAUCAGAAUUUAAUUUCAGUAUGCCUUCAGAGUGCACUUAACUUGCUUUCUGUAAUCUCAAUCAAUUCUUUUUCCAUCUCUUAAAGAAUCAUAUCUCCAAGCACCUGAAAAUUUUAUAAAUAAUCAUGUUGUGACAGAAGCGCACAGCUUCAGAUUCCAUGGGAAACCCAGAGUGUUGAUUAUUUUGUUUUAGCACUAUUAAGCAAGUGUAAAUAGUAAAAAAAAAUCUUGCUUAAUGGUAUUGUCAAUGGCAGUUCUUUAAAGGAUACCGUGCCAAAUGUAUUUUUUAAUUUAAUGCAUGUUUAAAGGUUGGUUUGACACCCAUUAUAUAACACAGCAUAUUUCCUCUAUAGUUAACUUUCAAUUUUGAAUUAUCUCUAAAUGUUCUAAUUGUACAGUAAAUAGCUCUAAUGUAAGCACGAAUGAAGUAACCAUUGCAAUGUGUUGUUCCAAGUCAAAUAAAAGCAAAGCUGAU